AUGAAGGAAGUCAGUGUUCUGCUCCUGUGUCUGUCUUUGGUCGGUGGAAAAGCUGCAGGCCUCGGUCCUCCCGGAAAACCAACUUUGAUAAACUGUCGCUCCCCUGAAAAGGAGACGUUUACGUGUUGGUGGAAGCCUGGCUCAGACGGAGGGCUGCCGACCACCUACGCCUUGUACUACGUCAAAGACAACUCGGACACUUUGUAUGAAUGUCCUGAUUAUCAAACUGAAGGCGAGAACUCUUGUUUCUUUAACAAAUAUGAAACGUCAGUCUGGGUCAACUACAACAUCACUGUCGUGGCCACCAAUGAGAAGGGGAGGACCUUUUCUGACCCGGUGGAUGUGGAUGUCGCCUACAUCGUCCAGCCUCACACUCCGGAGAACGUGUCGGUGACGGUGAUGGAGGAUAACGGCUGGCCCUUCCUGCGGGUGUCCUGGGAGUCUCCGCACAAAGCCGACAUCCGCUCGGGUUGGAUCACCCUCAUCUACGAGCUCCGCAGCAAGAUGGAGGGCGAGGACGAGUGGGAGGAGAAUUAUCCCGGUCAGCAAAAGACAUUCAACAUUUUCAGUGUGAGAUCCGGGCGGACUUACCUUGUCGAGGUGCGAUGCAGACCGGACCACGGCCUCUGGAGCGACUGGAGUCCUACAACUACCAUCAAAGUACCUCAAUAUUUUUUGGGAGAAAGAUACCUGUGGAUCCUUAUUUUUGUGUUUUCCUCUUUGGUGAUUCUCAUUCUCAUUUGGAUUAUUUACAUGAACAGCCAGAGCUUGAAGCGCUGCAUUCUACCUCCUAUUCCUGGUCCAAAAAUCAAGGGAUUUGACCAUCAACAUAUAAAGAACGGCGACUACAAAGACUGUUUCAGCACAUUGAUGAUCCCUGAGUUCCCUCCGACCUCUUCGCUCGACCACGACAACCUCCUGGUGGAGAUAUUUGUCAGAGACGAACAAGAGGCAUCCACGGAAGAAGAAGGCAAAGAUCUGCAGGAAAACUACUGCAAGUCCGAAAGCUCCAUGUUCGACAGCGACUCCGGCCACGGCAGCUGCGAUAGCCACAUCCUCCUCAUCGACAAAAGCAAAUGGACAGAUAACGAGGAAGCAAUCUCGAAUCGCGACGUCGUAAAGCCUGAAAUAUCCCAGAACAGCCGAGCAGAGAGGCCGUCGAGCUACCACAGCAGUCCGGACGCAUGCGACGGACGAGUCAAGACCUGGCCUUCUCUUUUCAGCCCUGCCCCGCCUUAUACGUCCAGCGCGAUCCCACAAAAAAGCUCGCUGGAGAGAAUGAAACAGCACUGUUAUUCCGAUAGCUUAUUCGCACCGAUAUCCAGUGACAAAGAGAAACAUAAAAAGGAAGCAAAGAGGGAGCUCCAGGCAUCUCAGAGCGACGUCUUCGAUAACGUAUUUCUCACGCCGUUUUCGUCCACACAGUACGUGGAAGUGCAGAAAGUGUGCAGCAAUGACACGGUUCUGCUCCAGCCGGUGGUGGAGUUGAACCGAAGACACGCAGAGGCAGAGGGCUGCAGCUGUGUGGUGGGUCAGGGGGAGGAUUACAGCAAGGUGAAAGGAGUGGAUGGUGGGAAUAUGGUCCUGCUGGAGAGUGGGGGGAAUGGGGCAGGGAUGGAGAUGGAUUGUUUUUGCGACAAGAUGGAGGAGAGGAGAAGUUGCUUGGCGAACGUGAAGACGCACAAAAAUGUCUCGAUGCAAAUCGCAGUCCAGCAGGCGCAAGGAGAGCAGAGACAAAUGGUUGAUAAUUGUUAUGUUGACACGGCCACCAUGUUCUCAGUGCCUAUGUGCUAA